CUCGCGUCUCACAGACUUCCUCAGCAACAGCUUGCUCCCUUCACUGUGAGAGCUGAGACUCGGGUGUUGCUUCCCUGAGGGCUCCCCUGAGCCUGCCUGGGAUCCCCUGAGCCUCCCUGGGCUCCUCUGAACCCUGCCUGGCGCCUUCAUGCCUGCACUUGUGUGGAUUAAUCUAGACUGUCAGCAUGGCAGGAGGAGCAGUCCCCGUAGGGGAGCUGUCUUCAGACCCCCAGCACCCAGGGGGAGAAUGGAGGAUGUUUUCUGUACACCCUAUCACCAUCAUGUAUGGAGCAGACGAGAUGGCUUCAUCGUUUCCCUCAGGAUCUGGAGUCCUUGGCAUGCCCAUGCCCAUGUCAGCAACACACAGACCCCCAGCACCUCACACACUCCAGCUUCCUCUGAAGGGGUAUUCCUGAGGCAGGUGGAUGAUUGGCACCGGGGGCCGGGUGGGCGUCUCAGCAGUACUUGUCGGGAAAGCCUGCUGUGACAGAGUGCUGGGGUUCUGUGGUAACGGGACUACCAGUCCUGCAUGAGGUCGUUGAUGUUGAGAAGCCGGGCUGGUGCCUCCUGAGCACCCCUGAGCCCUUGGAAUCUGGGCGAGUCUGUGAUGAAGCUCAGGUCCAGGCUGCAGACUUGGGGACAAAGUGGUGGUACCUGGAAAUCUGUCCCCAGCCCCCUCCCCAAGAUGGACACUACCCGGGCACACCCAUACACACUGAGGUACAUACAAGCAUGCGCUAAUGGAUGGUGCACACUAUAGCACGUGUGUGCACAUAUGGGCCUGCAUACACCUCAGGAAAUGCAUGUGUGCAUGUACUCGCUUGCACGCAGUCACACAUAAGAACAUCUACCCCCGCGUGCACACAUGUACGAACCUGUCUGUGCCUUGCAUGCCCACAGCCAUGCAUCUGCACGUGCGUUUGCACCCGUAUGCACGAAUCAAAGCAUGCACGCAGAGACGUGUGCUUGCAUGUGUGCCUGCACACAUGCACGAGUUGCAAGCUUGCACGGAACCCACAGAAGCGCUUCUGAGGGGGAAUAGAACCACCAAACCGGUGAACAGGGGCUGCCCCGUCCACCUCCACCUGAGUCACAUUUUCUGGAAAGUGAGCGAUGGCGUGAGUGAGAGUGAACUGGGGGCCGGGCCUUCUGGGGGCACAGGAAGAAGAGGAGGUGCGUGGGGAAAGCAGAGCAGAGGCACCAAAGUCGGCUUUAAAGUGAGCCUCGGGGGCCGCAGGAGGCUUUUGCAGUUUGCAAAGCCGGAGCAUUGGGCAAUUGUGGUUUCCUCCGGAGGGGAGGAACUCAGGCUUGCCAGCCCCGUCCCCGGGCUUCUGGGCCUCAGCUGCUCUGGCAUGGAGAGCGUGGUGCAGCCUUCAGUGUUUGUGGUAGACGGACAGACGGACAUCCCGUUCAGGCGACUGGGACAGAACCACAGGAGACAGCGCUGUGGCAUUGCCCAAGUCAACCUGGCCCUGAUAUUGCUGCUGGGCGUGGGGCUGGCUACUCAGGGCUGGUUCCUACUGAGACUGCAUCAGCGUGUUGGGGACACAGUAGCUCGCCUCCCGGAGAGAGACACGGGCUCCUGGGAGAAGCUGGCACAAGAUCGGAGGUCUCACCGGGCCAACCCAGCGGCACAUCUCACAGGGGCCAAUGCCAGCUUGAUAGGCAAGGGUGGACCACUGCUGUGGGAGACUCAGCUUGGCCUGGCCUUCUUGAGGGGCCUGGAAUAUCACAACGGGGCCCUGGUGACUACGGAAGCCGGCUACUACUAUGUGUACUCGAAAGUGCAGUUGAGCGGCGUGGGCUGCCCCCAGGGCCUGGCCAAUGGUCUCCCCAUCACCCACGGGCUGUAUAAGCGCACAUCCCGCUAUCCCAAGGAGCUAGAACUGCUGGUCAGUCGGCGGUCACCCUGUGGCCGGGCCAACAGCUCCCGAGUCUGGUGGGACAGCAGCUUCCUGGGUGGCGUGGUUCAUCUGGAGGCGGGGGAGGAGGUUGUGGUCCGUGUGCCUGGGGACCGCCUGGUCAGACCCCGAGAUGGCACCAGGUCCUACUUCGGAGCAUUCAUGAUCUGAAGGCUACGGCGACAAUGGACUGCAAGCAGGGGCGUCUCCGGGACAGACCUCAAACCCAGCGAGCAGGGUCUUGAAGUUCCCCUUAAGGACCCCCCAGAUUCUCCAGGUGGAAUGUUCAGGGACCGUGUUGACUGUUAACCUGUCUUGGGAAAUCUUCAAAUUGGAGACUUGGGGUGUGGAGCCCAGGAACGUGGGGUCAGCCCUUUUGCCUGAUAUUCAGGAAAAAAUAAUAAAGCCGGGUAUUUAUGCAUCUGA